ACAAGCAUCUAUAGAGAGAGAGAGAGAGAGAGAGAGAGAGAGGAGCAAUGGAAGUUCAUCAAGUUUUCCUCAUGAAUGGAGGGUCAGGAGAGACUGAGGCCAUGCAAGUGCAACCAAAGGUCAUGGAAGUGCCACAUGUACUUCACAUGAAUGGAGGGUGUGGAGAGACUAGCUAUGCUAAGAAUUCAGUAGUCCAGAAUAAGAUCAUAUCCAUAGCCAAGCCCAUCAUAGAAGAAGCGAUACUGGACCUCUAUUGCAACACCUUGCCCAAGAGCCUGGCCAUAGCUGAUCUGGGCUGUUCGUCAGGGCCCAACACAUUGCUGGUCAUCUCCGAGAUCAUCGACACCAUCCACGAGAAAUGCUGCCUUUUGAACCGUCCAUCACCCGAGUUCCAGGUGUUCUUGAAUGAUCUACCGGCGAACGACUUCAACUCCGUCUUCCGGUCGUUGCCGGCGUUCCAGGACAAGCUCAGGCAGGAGAAGGGAGCCCACUUCGGCCCAUGUUUCAUCUCAGGCGUGCCUGGCUCUUUCUAUGGGAGGCUUUUUCCGGACCAAAGCUUGCAGUUUGUUCAUUCAUCUUCUAGUCUCCAUUGGCUCUCCCAGGUUCCUCCAGAGCUUGAUAUAUCCACCAUUACACCAUUGAACAAACAGAAAAUAUUUAUUUCCAAGACAAGCCCUCCUAGUGUGAUAAAGGCCUACUUUGAGCAAUUCCAAAGGGAUUUCUCACUGUUCCUAAAGUCGCGUUCGGAGGAGAUAGUGCCGGGAGGCCGCAUGGUGUUAGCAUUUGUCGGCAGGAGAACCGCUGACCCCACUAGUGAAGAGAGUUGCCAUCAAUGGGAGCUCUUAGCACAUGCUCUCAAUGACAUGGUUUUAGAGGGCAUUGUUGAAGAGGAGAAGGUGGAUUCCUUCAAUGCUCCCUACUAUUCGCCAUCACCAGACGAGCUCAAGUCCGAGAUAGAAAAACAAGGGUCAUUCGCUCUCGAUCAACUUGAAGUCUUCGAAGUCGACUGGGAUGCAACGAACGGUGAUGAUGGUGUUAGUGAAUAUGUACAAUCUGGUAUUAGUAAGCUAACGAGUGGCCAACGCGUGUCAAAGACCAUCAGAGCCGUUGUUGAGUCAAUGAUCGGCCAUCAUUUCGGAGAAGAAAUAAUGGACGAUUUAUUUCAACGGUACAGCAAGAUCGUAGAUCAGUACAUGUCCGAAAACGUAUGCAAGUAUGCCAAUUUGGUCAUCUCUGUGGUGAGAAAGGCCUAAAGAAGCAUUGUGGAAAAUCAUCACUAAUAAUUCAUCAAGAUAAGGUGACAAUGAUCUAGUUUCUUCUAGAUCACUAUAAGUUAUGAUGCUCCUAUUUGUAUUUUGGGUACUUGACAGUCCAAUCCAUUGAUCUGGGCCGUCUAUUAGAUUCAAAGUACAAACUAAUGGGAUGAUCCCAUCUGUCCAUUAGUUGACCUCCUUCUUAGAAACUAUCUAUUUUCCUAGCCAUGAAUGGUAUGGUUAGGAUUCUGUGAUAUGAUAAAAGUGAUUCAAUAAAAGUAUAAGCAAUCUAGGAUGGGUGGGCCCCAAGAAAUAGACAGCUCAAGUGGUUGAUUAGGUCUUUUUUCAUAAAUGAUCUUUACCAUCCAUUUUAUAGGCUAUCCAUUGGACGGAUAUGAUUUUCAUAGGGUAACUUACAAAAUGAGUGUUGGACCUAAUGAACUGUACGGAUUGGUUGAUUGAGCUGUCUAAGUGCCAAUAUGCAAGUAGGGGCACAAAAACUUCUUCAGUGGUUUGAGAGCAGCAGAUCAUUUCUCUUGGUUGAUAUUUGAUUAGUGAAGAGUGCUCCAAUAAUCUCGUUAUGUUUCUGUAUUAUUUGUUAUGAUUUGAUGUGUAUUAGAUGUGGUUCUUUUAUUGUUUAUUUAAUCAUUUCGAUGUUGUCUAAACAAAAUUAAAGUUCAUGCAUGUGAGUCACUUGUGCUGAA